AUGGGUUUCUUGAAAGCGUUGGACAGGCCAUAUAUCAAUCCUUUCUACCACUCACGGGAGGAUGAAGAGCCCGAUGACGUCGUCAAAGAGGAAAGUGGAUUGAGGUCGUCGAGCAGUCCGAGUGAUCAUUCUCCGGACUACCACGAAAGAUAUGGCCAUGACAAGAAUGUCGCUUCUGGAACCGGCGCUGCCUACGAAGGCGAGAAAGUCGACCCUGACUAUCAAGCUGGUGUUCAAAAAGCUGAGGGUGUCACUCUUGCUUGGAACAAGCGAGCGCUAUGGUUGACCUAUAUCUGGUAUGCGAUUUACGUCGUCUACUUCGAGAUUGCGCUCAUGUCGACUAUUACCGGUUAUUUGGGCAAUUACGCCAAUGCAAGUUUCAGCACCUCGCAGCUCUUAUCAGUCAGUUCGGUCAUGAGCUCUAUCAUUGGCGGUGUGCUGCGUCUGCCAACCGCCAAAAUCAUCGACAUCUGGGGACGUGCCGAAGGCUUCUUUAUAAUGAUGUGGAUUACAGUCAUAGGAUUGAUCAUCUUCGCCGCUUCGAACAAUGUUCAAACCUACGCGGCUGCUUCAGUCAUUUACUACAUUGGCUAUGAUGGCAUGUACUAUGUCAUGACCGUCUUCAUCGCCGACACCACCAGACUAAAGCAUCGAAUCCUCAUGCUGGCCAUUUCUCAGACACCUUUUAUCUGUACUGCCUUCACCACUCCCUACGCUGUGUCGAGUUUCGUCAGCGGAGCUGGCUGGAGAUGGGGUUACGGAACAUUCGCCAUUGUCACUCCGGUGGCCUGUCUUCCCCUGUGCGGAGUUUUCUACUACUAUCAACGUAAGGCCGAAAGAAUGGGUCUCUACAAGCGCACCGAAUCCCCUGCUCGCGGAUGGUUCCAGACCAUCAAACACUACUGGGUUGAGUUUGACAUCGUCGGUGUCUUCUUGCUCGUUGCAGGAUUCGUUUUGUUCUUGCUACCAUUUUCCCUCGCAACUUCGGUCGCUGGUCAAUGGAAGAGUGCCAGCAUCAUAUCCAUGCUGGUCAUUGGCUUCGUCAUUCUCUGUCUGUUCCCCGUGUGGGAGCGCUUUGGUGCUAGCAAGCCUUUCCUGCCAUGGGAGAGACUCAAGGAUCGUACCGUUUUCGGUGCAGUGCUUUGCAUCUCCAGUCUCUACGCCGCUUUCUACUGCUGGAACCUCUACUACUACACGUUCAACCAAGUUGUUCUAGGCCUAAACACUCGCGACGCUACAUACAUGGGAGAGAUCUACACCGUAGGCUCUUGCUUCUUUGGUGUCAUUACAGGGAUCCUCGUCAAGUGGACCAAACGCUACAAGUGGAUCGCCCUCGCCUCAGUGCCACUUUACAUGAUGGGUACUGGCUUGAUGAUCUAUUUUAGACAGCCAGGAGUUGCACCGCGCUAUGUCGUCUGCGCGCAGAUCUUCGUCGCAUACGCGGGUGGCACGCUGGUGCCUUGCCAUCAAGUCGCAGCUCUGGCAGCAGGCACUCACGCUGACUUUGCCACCACGCUCGCCCUCCUAUACCUAGCCUCAUCAGUCGGUGGUGCAAUCGGUGACUCAAUCGCCGGCGGCAUCUGGACAAACGUCUACCCUAAAGAGCUGAACAAGCGUCUACCUGCCGAUGUCGCUACAUCAGUCUACACAAGCUAUCUCAAUGCCCUCAACUAUGCUCCUGGCACGCCAACUAGAGAUGCAAUUGGAGUUGCAUUCGGUAUUGCACAGAGGGACAUGUGUAUUGCAGCCACUUCUAUCACAGCACUUACAUUUAUUGCCGUGUGGAUAUGGCGUGAUAUCAAUCUUGGCAACAAGAAGCAGAUCAAGGGUACUGUUGUUUAG